AUGUCUUCGGGGCAUACUCCAGAGGCGCGCGUACUGAUUGUGAUGACCGGAGGAACCAUAUGCAUGCAAAAAUCGCCAAAUGGACUUAUCCCCGCAAGGAACUUCCUGGAACGUUGCAUGGCUCCAAGACCAGAAUUCAACGAUGGCGAGACGCAUGAGCCCAUAGAGGUGAGGUUCCACGACGGUCCCGACGGAAUGGGCGAGCUUCACAGUUUACGGACUCCAACCAGUGUAUAUGGAAAACGCAUAAGAUAUGCUGUUCUUGAAUUUGAAACACUACUAGACUCGUCGUCGAUUGACAGUAAAGGUUGGGCAGAAAUUGCGCAGACCAUUUUUCGCAACUACAAGUUGUUUGACGGCUUUGUUGUCCUCCAUGGCACGGACAGCCUGGCUUACACAUGUUCUGCCCUUAGCUUCAUGCUGCAGAACCUGGGCAAGCCAGUAAUAGUCACCGGCUCACAGGUUCCUUUCUCGGAGAGAAAAAAUGAUGCUCUUGAGAACUUACUGGAUUCAAUGGACAUAGCAGGUCACUUUAUGGUCCCAGAGGUUUGCCUUUGCUUCAACUCGACUCUCUUUCGAGGGAACAGAACGACAAAGAUCUCUGCAAGCGCGUUUGAUGCGUUUGCAUCACCCAACCUCCCUCCUCUUGCCAGAAUCACUGCAAUGGAUACUCAUGUUGCGUGGAACUUGGUGACGAGAUCCACCAUAUUGCAGCCAUUCAGCAUUCAAAAAGACCUUCAUAUCCAUUACGUAGCUUGCCUACGCAUCUUUCCAGGUAUCAAACCCAAGAUGGUAGAGGCUGUCCUGCGCACAGAGGACCUACGCGGUCUGGUAUUGGAGACAUUUGGUGCUGGAAAUGCUCCCAGUGGGCAUGACAACAAGUUGACACAGGUCAUAGCUGAGGCGGUACAACGCGGAAUAGUGAUUGUUAACAUUACCCAGUGCCUAACAGGAAGUGUCAAUCCACUCUACGCGCCUGGUAUGGUUCUUGGCCGGGCAGGCGUUGUUGCUGGUGGUGAUAUGACGACCGAAGCGGCUUUGACCAAACUGUCCUACCUUCUAGCUCUUCCAGGAGCGUCGCCGGAGUCAGUUGCCAGAGACAUGGCGAAGUCGAUUCGGGGCGAAUUGACUGAGAAUGCCGGGACAAUCUUUAGCCAUCCAACUGGCGAGCUCUCAUCGCCCAUCACCCAGCUGACUGCGAUCGCAUAUGCGAUUGCUAGUGGCGAUAUUGAAAAGGUCAAAGACCUUUUACAUGAUGACAGUCAACUCAUAAAUCGUGCAGACUAUUCCGGGAACACGCCAGUCCAUCUCGCAGCGACAGGUCCGAGCCUUGCGGUUCUCAGAUACCUUCUGUCACUUGGCGCAUCCGUUCACCUUCGAAACCACACUGGAUCAGGACGGACACCGCUAUUUCUAGCUGCAAAUGCAGGCUUGCUCCCACAUGUAAUGCUGCUCCGUCAGGCCGGAGCACAUCUUCAUGCAGAAGAGUUAGAAACUGCGAGGUUGCACGCAGGUCAGAGACCAGAAAUCUGGUUGGCGACAGGACUAGAAGGCACAUAG